GCGAGGAUCCAUCGCGGAUGGAAUGUCGGAUAUGAGAAAUGGCACGACGUUCUCCUGAAUGAGGUCUCCCUGCUGCGCAAAGAUGAUGCAUCUGUGGUUCGUCUUUGAAGGGCGGCGUUAGGGGAAGCGAGCGGUAAUAGGGUGGAUUAGCGCAAGGAAGUGGACGAUCUUUGCGCCGGACGGCGUGAAUCGCAUCUGGCGGAUGGGCCUCGCGCGAAUCUAAUAGUAAUAGGAACAAUAAAGAUUAUAAUGAUGGCAUCAAAGAUAUCCGAAACAGACGAGUCGGGCUUGUUAUUGUCGACAGCAGAGAAAUUAUUACGAAGAGGUCUCGACGUCAAAUGGUCGACUCAUGUGAUCAGACGUUGACUGGCGUGUUGCCCGUCCGGCUCCCGUGACCGACAUGAGGGAACCCGUGACCGCUUUU